GCCUGGGGAGCGACCGGCGGCGCGAACGCAGGCGGAAGGGGCAGGGAGUAGUGCGGCGCCCCUCCCCGGCUGCCAGGGGCCUGGCGAUGCGGGGCGCCUCCGGGACGGCUAAGCUCGCCGAGACCGUCUGCGGCACUUCAGUGAUACAGGAUGCUGUUUCCUUUGGUAUUGUGUGCAGUUGUGCUAAUAGGGAGUGGUAAAGUUCAAGAUGAUGAAUGGAUUGACCCCACAGAUAUGCUCAAUUACGAUGCAGCAUCAGGAACAAUGAGAAGACCUUACAAGGCAAACUAUCACAACUCUGACGAUAAUGCUGGGGAUACAGUCAGUACUGAAAUCUUAUCGAGUUGUUCCAGGGAAGUAGAUUCCUUGCAACUGAAGAUUGCAGAAUGCGAGAAGAGGAAUGCCAAAUCAUAUGACAGCCGUAGCUUUUAUAUUUUGAAGCGAUACUUGAACAAGAUUUUAAAUGAAGCUGGGAAACUUGGCCUUCCUGAGGAAAACGUGGGCCACGUCCAUUAUGAUGCUGAGAUUAUCCUUACAAAAAAGACAUAUUUGGAGAUCCUCAGGUUUCUCAAUGAGGAAACUUGGCAGUCAGGUGCUGUGGAUGACGCACUUAGUGAUAUUUUGAUCAAUUUUAAGCACCAUGAUUAUAAAGCUUGGCACUGGAGAUUUGAAGACACUUUUGGAAUUGAUCUAUAUAACAUGUUUCUGAUACUCUUGUGCUUAGUGUGCAUUGUAAUUGUCAUAGCUACAGAGCUCUGGACACGAAUUCAUUGGUUUGUUCAGCUAAAACGUGUUUUAUUAGUAAGUUUUCUCAUCAGUUUUGCAUGGAACUGGCUUUACUUGUAUAAGCUGGCCUUUGCACAGCAUCAAGCAGAAAUUGCGAAAAUGGGGCAGUUUGAUAACAUCUGUGCUGAGAAGUUGGACUGGGGGGAAAGUCUUAUUGAGUGGCUCAGAAGUAAAUGGACAUUUCAGGAUGAUCCCUGUCAGAAGUACUAUGAAACACUACUAGUAAAUCCUGUUUUGCUGGUUCCACCGACAAAGGCAUUGGCAAUUACUUUCACCAACUUUGUAACUGAGCCUUUGAAGCACGUAGGACAAGGUAUUGGUGAAUUCAUCAAAGCACUUAUGAAGGAGAUACCAUUUAUUCUGCAGGUUCCAGUGCUAAUUAUGAUGGGUCUGGCUGUUCUGGCCUUCUGCUAUGGCGCAGGAUCAUCAAUGUCUAUGUUAAAAUACUUAACAUCUUCUCAGAAGAAGAGUCUUCCUCCAUCUGACAGUCAACAGGAGAAAACAGACUUUGGGCAAUAUGACGGGAGUAAAUCAGAUGGCUAUUAUUUGCAGAAGCUUCCUUAUGUUUAUAGAGGCUCUUAUGACAGAGGAGAUGCUCCUGUGAGACCAGGAAACGGCAGCAGAAGUCCUGACAUUGCGCAUAAAAGCACCGAGCCAGAUGUGCAAGUAGAAGAGUCUCACAAACCAGAACCUGGUCAUAGAUUGUACACAGAGUCUGAAGUUUGUAGACGAGAAACUAUCACAGCUGAAAAGCUUACUGAAGAACAUGCACUUGAGCAGCAGAAACAGGACAGAGGCAAAGCAGAGCAAGAGACUGGAGACAACUGUGAUCCUAAUAAAAACCCAGAAGAGAAAAGUUCUACAGUGGAAUCAUGUGAAAAGAGGAGGAGCAGUUCACAUGACUCACAGGAAGGAGACUAAGGAAGCUCCAAGCACAGCUGUGGAGUAGAGGAUGUUGCCACUGAAGCAGCUGAGAAUCUGUUCUUCUCUUGGAAGUAGCAUCUCUGAUCAUCCAUCCUGUUACUCUGGAAUCGACUCAGUAGAUCAAAGAACCCUUCAUCUGCCAUUGUCUCUCGACUGUUUUUCUGAAGAGGAGAGAAGAGUUAGGGGUAUUUUGAACUGAAGAGUAACUCAAACUAGGACAAUUGCAUCACAGUUUGAAUCCAGUAAUAUCUUUGAUAUUGGCAUAUCUGAAAUCCAUUAAAUGAUUUUUGAUUUAGUCAUCCAUUUGCAUAGACAGAUUUAUUUUAAGAGGAAAUGCUAACAAUAUGGCAAACAUUUUCUGGAAGGCAAAAUACAUUAGAAAUGUUUCAUUCUCUGACCAGUACCUCUGAGUUAUUCCUCCUCAGCCAUGAAUCCACCAAAAGCCCAAAUACCCAUGAAAGGAAAAAAGAAAACCAGCAAUGAAGAGUCUCCGUUGUCUCCUUGGGUCUAUAGUCAAGAGCACUCAUCUCUCAUCUAGAUCAAAUGACUCGGUUCUUUUAUUUUUACCUGACUUCUGUCACAAGUGCAAUAACCCAAGAAAUAAGUAAAUAAAAAAUCUCACACGGUC